AUAUAGACCACGUGACUCGUAAUGAAAAAAUUAGCGUCGCUAAAAUUGCCCCCCCACUGCUUGUUCAUAACUGUCUUUUGGAUUUUGGUAGACUUGUUCCUUGGGAGGAUAUUCACUAGAUCGAUACAAUGGCCGGUGCACCUCCAAUUACGACAAGCCCGACUGCAUCCAGUAGUCUCCUGCCAGCAAAAUCAUGGCAACACUUCGUAGCAGGAGGUCUGGGUGGAAUGUGUGGUGCAAUCGUCACGAGUCCAUUUGAUGUUGUCAAGACGCGGUUGCAGUCCAGUCUUUUCAGGGAGAAGCACACUUCAGUCGGGGUUGUAGGAGGUGGUGUUGCGGCGCUCCCGCAGCGUUCAAGUGGUUUGUUGUGGAAUUUCGUCGAGACCGGACACAUUUUACGUGACAUAUACCGUGACGAGUCUCCAAGAGCGCUUUUCAAAGGCCUUGUGCCAACUCUAGUCGGUGUCAUACCUGCCCGUUCAAUCAAUUUCUACACGUACGGUAACGGCAAGCAAAUUAUCGCCAAUCAAUUCAACCACGGACAAGAAAAUUCCUACGUCCACCUUGUCGCAGCUGCAACUGCUGGUAUUAUAACAGGGACAGCCACAAAUCCCAUCUGGGUUGUCAAGACGCGUCUACAGCUUACAGCAUCGGAAAGUCGACAUCCCUCCUCACUCGCAAGUACGAAUCCAGGGGCAACCGCUGGACCUUCACGCGCCCUCGGAGGCAGUUACAAUAUGAUUACGCAGAUCUUCCGUCAGGAGGGCAUUAAGGGCUUUUACAAGGGCCUGAGUGCGAGUUAUUUGGGCGUGACGGAGGGAACCAUUCAAUGGGUGCUCUAUGAGCGCCUGAAGAGGUUAUCUGCAAACACUGAAGGUCGUGGAGGCACGACCGAGUGGUUUGGAAUGCUUGGCAGCGCCGGAACUGCGAAGUGCAUCGCCAGUUUGAUUACAUAUCCCCAUGAGGUACUACGGACGCGACUACGACAACCGUCUGUGAACGGCGUCAUGAAGUACACUGGUCUUUGGCAAACGCUGCGGACCGUUAUUGCCGAAGAGGGAGCCCGCUCCCUUUAUGGUGGGCUGAGUGCACAUUUAAUGCGUGUCGUCCCUAAUGCAGCGGUGAUGUACUCGAUAUACGAGGGUGCCUUGCGAUGGAGCAAGCACAAUUGAAUCUCAUUCUGAAAGGUUGGGAUCCCUGUAGGGAUCCUUCGAUAAGCUAUGCUUAAAUUCCUUCUCUUUAACCUAGAUAACUUCAUCGUUUAUUAUUGCUGAUCGGGUCACCUUACUAUCCUCCCCGCACUUUCACAAUUCCCGCAUUAUAUUUUACAUUCAAUCCUACAUUGUUUCGCAUACAUUUGUAUAGUACCACACGUUACCCGUCGUAACUCACCACUCCAUUGUGUGUUUGAACGUCAGUCCUACGUCCCAAGAGCAGU